AUGGCGAGCACUUCAGAACCUGUGUCCUCACCAGAGAUCGAAGGCGAACAACUAAUUCGCCGUACGUCAAACCGAAAAAUUCCCAACUCAAAUCGCACGCAGAUCGGGGAACCAAGUAGAUCGGUCUCCGAAGUCCAACUGCCUUUGAUUCGCUGUUCAGCCGGAGCCUCGUCUUCGUGGUCGAACCCUUUAGCUGUAACGCCAGUUCGUCAUGAAAGCGCUGAACCGUCUGAAGACGUUUUUCUGCCAGAGGAAGAACGGUUCGUCCCCUUAGGACUCUCGAUCGAAGAUAUCGAUCCCGUGCUAGAUCACGCAGGGCGAAUUGGAGGUGACAAGACUUCGAGUUCGGCUAAAACCAUCAAGGAAAUGCUGAACUCGUGCGGUUUAUUUAACAGCGGCGUUACGAUCGUGAUCCCGCGAGAAGAUCAACGUCCAUGGAAUCCUCCAGAAGGAUAUAUAUGUUUAUACGAAGGUUAUUUCGCCGAAUGUCGGCUGACGUUUCCAAUCCCGGCGUUAAUAUCUCGCUAUGCGCACAGACGCAGGAUGGCGAUCUGUCAGUUCGUUCCCGGAGCCAUUUGCAAUUUUGUUGCUGCUCUCACCCUAGCCGCCGAAGUCGGAUUCAACAUCGGAGUUCAGUGUUUUGAACAGCUGUCGAGCUUCAAAUUAUCAAAGAGCGAAAAUUUCUGGGAAGUAAACAUGAGACCACAGCAUAACUUCCUGGCUGGCAAAAAAGUGAGCAAAUUUAAGCAAUGGGCGAACCAUUACUUCUUCGUCCGAGUGGAUCAAUAUUCGUUCGCAGAACCGCUGGGUUUUCAUCGGAGAGUGUGGAAUGAUAAUCCUGAUCGCCCAUUUUUCAAAUCGGGUCUAGCUCCAGGUUAUCGAUCCGUCAGAGACGCCCUACUAUCCGGGAACAAUCGACGGUGGGAGUUCUUUUCUCGAAUUCGAGUCGAAAAAGCAAUGGGCAAAGCCAGGACGAACUUCCCCAGUUUUGCGAGUUCGCUAGGACGAGCUGCGGGACCCGUCGAAGCUCACAUCGUUGAAUCCAGUAGUCUCCAGAUUGUUCGUCGGGACACUCAAGCGGCCAUCCAAGCCGAAAUCGAGCCCACGCAGGACCGAACUGCCAGUAUCACGGGAGAUGAUCCUCUUCUGGUGGCUUCGGAGGGUGCUGGUCUUCAGAUUAACGAACAAGAUGUCCCUCAGCUUGGAGCUGGAUCAAGGAAGAAGAAGAAGAAGAAAACGAGCAAGGGGAAAGAGAUCGAAGUUGAUUUAGCCUCCGAACCUCAACCGACGGUCAACCGCAAGCGCUCAGCUGACGACGCCGGACUGGAAUCCGCCGAUCAAUUCCGUCUGAAGAGAAGGAAUAACAAGACAUAUCAAUUUGCCUUUGACUAUUUCGGCAGCACCCCUCUGACUGCGGCCAAGAUCAACACGCUGACCCAGUUGUAUGAUAGGCGAGUCAAAACCGACAAGAAUUUAGGGUCCGAACUCGAGAAGGUGAAGGAAUGCGCGGAACAGAUCCAAGCAGCCAGCAGGGCCAAAGAUGACAGAAUCAAGGAGCUUGAAGCCCUUAUAGUCGAAAAGGAUUGUGUCAUCACUCAAUCCGGACUGAGGAUCGACGAACUGAAUUCAAGAGUGCGUACUCUUGAAGAAGAGAAGUCCGAACUGCUAAGGAUACCAGACGAGCUGAAAAUCAAAUUUGACUCCGAGGUCAGGAGACUUCGGCGAGAUCGUCUCGAAAAAGUGGAGCGAACUGCAAAGAAAGCUCAAUCUCGACUAGACACAGUGAAGGCCUUUCUACUCGAACAAGAUACUGUAGUUCGACCAGUGGAGGAUCUGCUGAACCAAGCCAAAGGGGUAGAGGAAACGGUACAAUAUUUGAUUGAGAAAGGGGCCGUUAUCCCGGAAGAGCAAAUCGCAGAGAUCAACGCGAGCAAGGUCAAGGCUGAGGAAGCUGUCUCCGGACCAGCUCGGCUUCGGGCUUCUUCACUCCGGAACCAUGGCUCCUGA